GUGAAAUGUGGCUGCUUGAGGAUAUGGAAACAUUGAUGUGGCGACUUGACAAACAUUCAGAUUAUGCAUCAUGGAUUGAUUCUUUUGAGAAAAUUAUUUAGUUUUAAAAUUCCUUGUUUUUUUAACUGUCGACAGAUGUGGUGGAAAGUUCAAGCUCAAAGCUUGUUUACGAAGCUAAAUUCCUUAAACAGGUCCAGGAAAGUCAUCCUAGCUUUACUUGUUGUAUGUGUUUUCCUAUACUACAUUUUGAGUUCAAGAACUACAGAGAAACCUACAAUAGUACCAGAUAAUCUUGAAUUUUGUUUACAAGAAAAAGUGGAAAGGUUUUCAGACUCCAUUAACAGAUAUGAUGUUUUCCUGAAUCAGGAAAACCAAGAUAAAACAUUUCCUCCUUAUGUUGGAAAUGGGAAAUUGGCAGCUUCAAUAGACAGCGAGUAUGGACUGUUUAUCCGACUUAAUCGAGCACUCUCCUUGCCUGUAAAAUAUUACCCAGUGGUGUCUACAAAAAUCAUCAACAGCAAAGCUAGAGAGGCUACAUUAUUAAACAUUAGAGAUGGAAUUGCUUACAGACUACAGACAGUUCAAACUGGAGGUUGGAGGAGCAAGUGUAACUAUGUGGAGAGUCGAUUAUAUGCCCACAGAGCCCGACCAUCUGUUUUAGUCCAGGAUAUUCGUAUUUCCAACCCUAGUAAAAGACCAUUGUUCCUUGAAUUUGAUCCAGCUGGCCAAUUUAAUUGGAAAAACUCCAAGACUUUUCCUAAAACAGAGACGGUGGGAGGUAAAUCUAUCAGGUAUGAGGUGACGGAGGGGGAGGUAGAUCUACCAGAUAACAAAUACCACGUGUAUGCUGUCGUGGCAUCUAUCAGACUACCCAAAAAUAUGUUCUCCCUCAAGGCAGGAGAAACCAGACAGUAUCAAGUAUUGACUGUUGUAAACUACACAAAACCAUAUGAGACAAAACCAGAGAAAUUGACAUCUGUGAUGUCAUCAGGGGUAGAGAAGGAAUUGAAAGAUGUUGUGAAUAUUGGAGCCUCAGCCCUGCAAAGUGAGCAUGUAAAAGUAUGGAAUAAGAUGUGGCAGAGUGGAUUUGGAAUCAGCCAUUCUAAGGCCCAGGGAGCCCUGAAUGCUGAUAAGAUUAACACUACUAUUUAUUAUGUACUGAGUAAUGUCCCAGCCCCACUGUAUGACUUACGGGUCACUCCAACAGAGAGGACUAGAAUCCAGCAGGUUCUCCAUUACCCUGACAGGUGCUACAAUGGACAUUCUACACUGCUUGCUAACACACUGUGGGCAGAUGUGACAGAUGAGGAUGACAUUGCCCGUGUGUCCACAACUUGGAUGAUAACUCUGGAGAAGAUGGGCUGUGAUUUCAUGGUCAGAUCAGGUGCAGAAGGGGUUCUUCAGGCAAUGCUCUUGAGCAUGGGGGCCCUUAGAUUUGGCGACAGUCACCUGGAGUUUAAGAUGGAACCCAAGGAUCUCCACAGGGACCUAUUUUUCCACCGAAUCAAUUACGGCAAUAACACACAUCUUAAUAUAUCUGUGAUAGUCGGGGAUGACAAUAAAGCAAGUAUCUACGUUGCUUUGGAUCGCAAUGAUCGACCAUAUUAUGCCUGUGAUGCAGGGUGCAUUGACGCCCCUAUGCAAUUAUCGAGGAAAGUGCAGCAGUUUCCUGUAAAGUUGACGGAGCCUUUGACAGCCAUACUUUACAUCACAGCUGAUAAAGUACACAUGGAGGAGUUAAAACAUGUCCUCCAUCUACAAUCCAUCAAAGAAGCUCCUCCACAUGAGCACCAUGUGAUAGCCUUACACAAACAUGGCCACCAUUUUGGAGGUCUGCCCCUAAUAUUCUGGAUCUCAGUAGCAUUCCUAGUCAUCAUUUUCCAUUUGUUCCUGGUUAAGUUAAUCAUUAACGAGUAUUGUCAAGGCCAGGAGAGAUUUACAAACAGAAGGAAAGGCUACAAUGUGUGAGAUACGUAUCCUCAGUUCUGUUAUGCCCUCUGUGUCUUUCCAUUGUUUUACAAGGAGAAAAGACAAUCUACAAAAUACAGUCAAAAUAUCAUAUCAUUCCAAUGGGUGUUUUUAAUUUGGUGUUUACAAUUAGACAUCUUUGAAAAUAUGUGACUUUAAGAUAAUCAAUAUGGUAUACAUGUAUGUACUUUAGUAUAAUUUUAUUUUCGUUGCUAUGUGCUUUUGUAUAAUCCUUGACUUUACCAUAUGUACAUGCAUAUUCCUUGACCAGCAUAAGGAAUAAAAGUGUAUAUAAAGAAGGUAAAUAGAUUAUUACUGGUAUUAAAAUACACAUGUAUCAUUAUAGCAAAUGAUUUGAUAUAAGCAAGGACUGAACUGUUUAGAUUUGAAUAACUUGCUUAUUUACACAACGAUUUUUAAUUGUCAUCUUAAACAAAAAAAUCUUUAUAAAUUUUGCAGCAAAUAAUUUCAUUAUGUGUCAACUCUCAUUCACUCUCUGUGAAACAAUACUUUUAAUUUAUAACUUUAUUAAAUGUGAUAUAUACCAAGUUUUAUGGCAAAUCUAAGACUAUGUUCAAGUUCAUGUUGUGUCGUACUACCCUAUAUGAAUUUAAAUCUGGAUUUUGCAAAUAUUUGAAUUCAUUAUUUGCCUUUUAAAAUGAUUAAUAAAGUGUACAUUUCUUAAGAAAGGAGGGGAUUUAGUGCUUUUAUUUAUUUGUUUUUCAACAGUAUUGUUCAAAAUGUUGAGUGUGCAUGGAAGAGAAAAUUGUGAUAAAAAGAGCUUUUGGCAGCUCCAUUUUUGUUCAGUUUUUGUUUGUAAUGUGUAUGCAUUGUGUUAUCUUCACUUUCGUAUAGAAUUUAGAUUAAAUUGGCAACAAUUCUGAAUUCCACAUAUGUUUUUAUUUUUAGCCAUAAUAAGUAUAUUAUCCACAAUUCUGUUCUAUGUUGUGAUAUCUAUAUGUAAAUAUGUUACGGAUUUUUUUAAAAUCAGUUUUAUAUUCUUGGGUUAAGUGUAUGUUUCUGAAAACAUAAUUUUAUGACAUUAUUGGUAGACGCAACUUCUAUUUUUAUUUGCAUUCAAACCUUAAUGUUUAAAACAUAGAGGCACAACUAGAAAUCUAACGGAAAAUCAAAUUUGAAUUCCUAAUCAGGUUAGGCAAAAACUCAUUUUCGACAUAUGUUAGAGAUAAGUUCACUUAAUUCUGUUUUUCAUAAUAUAAGGUAUUUACUAUUUAGACAACCAAACUAGUAUCACAAACCAUAAUUCUUCAAAUUUCUUGUUUAAAUGCACAUUUUCUGGUACAUAAAAUUCUUCUCCAACAUUAUCUUUGUAAUAACUUUUUUUUCUUGCCGUGUUAUAUUAUAUUUAUAACAUAUAGUUAGAAUUUUAAUGUACUUAGUGGUAUGUCAAAUUGUUUACUGUAGUCUGAAAUGUACAUGUCUGAGUGAUUAUAACCUGAGUGUAAGCAGAAAUGUUAUUGAUCAUAAUCUGAAUGUAAGUGGUUAUGUUAUUGAGCAUAACCUGAAUGUAAGUGGAAAUGUUAUUGAUCAUAAUCUGAAUGUAAGCAGAAAUGUUAUUGAUCAUAACCUGAAUGCAAGUGGAUGUUAUUGAUCAUAACCUGAAUGUAAGUGGAAAUGUUAUUGAUCAUAACCUGAAUGUAAGUGGAAAUGUUAUUGAUCAUAUCCUGAAUGUUAGCAGAAAUGUUAUUGAUCAUAACCUGAAUGUAAGUGGAAAUGUUAUUGAUCAUAAUCUGAAUGUUAGUGGAAAUGUUAUUGAUCAUAAUCUGAAUGUAAGCAGAAAUGUUAUUGAUCAUAACCUGAAUGUAGGUGGAAAUGUUAUUGAUCAUAACCUGAAUGUAGGUGGAAAUGUUGCUCUUUGUAAUGAAUGUGUGGGUGUUGUGUGCACUGUUGAAUCGAAGUACAUUUAGAAAUAUGUUCAACCUUAUGCUUGUUUUUCUGUAAAUGCAGUGUGUAUGUAAAUGUAUUAUAUAUAAAACAGAUUUGAGGGUU